AAAUAAAAUAAAAUAAAAAUUCUCUUCUCAUCUCUCCACUGUUAGCUGAACAUCACUGCUUCCUAUCUCUUCCUAUCUAUCUGUCUCUCUCUUUCUUUCUUUCUUUCUCUCUCUACCGUCCUCUCUUCCGCUUUCUCUUGAGUAUGUCUGUUUUUGUUUACUAAAGAUUGCUAUCAUUCAUUCUUCCUUUUCUUGUUAGCUUUCUCUCUCUCUUCUUCUCUUCUUGUUGUUAUUGUUUUUGUUGCUUUGAAAAGCACACAAAGUUUUCUUCGCAGAUAGCAAGAGUUAGCUUUCCAGAUUCUUUCCCGGGGAAAGCCUAAAAAGAGCAAAGGAAGAAUUGAUUUCAUUGUGUAUGUGUUGAAGGCACAGCUGAGGAAGAACAAAACAAAAGGAUUACACAGUUCCUUGCCUGUGAAUAUUGCACUUUAAUUGUUUUGUCUCAAAAUCUGAUUUUAAUAAAGGAAAAGAACCUAUCUCACUCUCUACCCUUUACUCUCAUAUAUAUUCUCUAACCAUCAAGCUAUAUACCCUUCUAAAGAAGAUGCCCUUGGAGGGGAUUUUCAUUGAACCCACUUCAACUUCUUCUACACCUGAUCUUUCCCUUCACAUAAGUCCACCAAGCACUUCCUCUUCCUCUUCUCUGAUUUGCAGCACAUCUGGUGGAACCGCCAUUAAUUAUGAGCCACACAAUUCAACAAGCGCAAAUUUCUCUUCUCAAGCUCACACUGAGCUUUCUCUUGGAAGGAAUUUCAGUGGUGGAGGAAGAGGAGGAGGAGGUCUUGAAGAACCACCACCACCGCCACCACCACACAACAACAACAACAACCCUUAUUAUCAAACCCAACAGGCCCAUUUCCAUCAUCUUCAUCACCAUUCUAACACUAGUAUUGCUUCAAAAGCAGCAGCAGCAACAACAACAAACACUUCUACAAGCUCCUCCACUCAUUUGAAUCACAUAAACUAUGGGGUUUCUUUGCUUGAUGUGUCAUCGGAAGGAUUGAGGCCAAUCAAGGGGAUUCCGGUGUAUCACAACCGUUCAUUCCCUUUCUUGCCCAUGGAACAUACAAGAGACAAGGAUCAUCAAGCCAAAAUGUGUUUAUAUCAUCACAUGCCUACAUAUCCCUCUUUGUCCUCCUCUUGUUCUCCUCUUUCUUCUUCUUCUCCUUCUUCUUCUCCUGCACCCUACUUCGCUGCGGCCGCUGCAGCAGGAGGUCUGGAUCCCAUGUCCUAUUUGAACUCAGCAGGAUCUGUCGCCGCGGCCGCAGCGUAUAGGGCCGCCGCAGCCACAAGGUUUAAUGGAAUUUCCGGUGAGCCUUUCAAAUCUCAUCAUCCAUUGCACCAUCAUCAUUCAUCAUCACACUAUGGGGUUGGACUUGGACCCUCUCACGAAGCCUCUUCAGGGUUGAUGAGAUCAAGGUUUCUGCCUAAGUUGCCAACCAAGAGAAGCAUGAGAGCACCAAGAAUGCGGUGGACAAGCACACUACACGCUCGAUUUGUUCAUGCCGUGGAGCUUCUCGGUGGCCAUGAAAGAGCUACACCAAAGUCAGUUCUUGAGCUCAUGGAUGUGAAGGAUCUCACAUUAGCUCAUGUCAAAAGCCAUUUGCAGAUGUAUCGAACGGUUAAGACCACUGAUAAGCCUGCUGCUUCUUCAGGCCUUUCAGAUGGAUCCGGAGAAGAUGACAUGUCUCCAAUAGGAAGCAGUGGUGGUGUGCGUCAAUUUUCAGACCAAAGAGGCCUUUCGGAUCGACCAGUGCAACAAGAUAUGGAUUACUCUUCGGCCAACACUCUAUGGAGUAACUCCUCAAGCAAUAGAGAACCAUGGCCACAAAAUAGCUCUAACGACAUAGAUGGUUUCAGACCCCCCAUCUUCCACUCACAACCAAUAUCAGGAGGGCAUCAAAUUCAGGUACUAACAUUGGUUAAAGUUUGUUUGUUGUUAUCACUUCAUAUCUCAUUCAUGAAUCGAUCAUUUCCCUUCCAGGAGUGUGAUUCAAACCAACUGAAGAACAGCUUGUCAGGAUCAAAUAUAGAGUGCAAGAACCCAAGCUUGGAGUUCACAUUAGGCAUACCAGAUUGGAAUGGCAAAGGAAAAGCCUAAUUUUCAUUGGUUCCCUUCUUGUCUCUAGCUAGUUUGAUUUAGUUUAAUUACAACCCACGGUGACAAUGACAACUUCAUCAUCUUUUCUGAAAUAGAGAGGUGGUAUUAUAUAAAUAUAUUCAAGCAGAAGAAGAAAAAGCCCUAUAUAUAGUUCUACUAUAAGUUCCUUUCGGAAGCUUUUCUGAGUUCAUGAACAAUUUUGUUUAGCCCUUUUCUUGUAUUUAUAUUUUAUUUAUUGGUGAGGAGAAGGUACAGGAAGAAACUGAUGUAGCUGCAAAUGCAGAAGAACAAUGAAGAGAGAUAGAGAGGAAGGGGGAAGAAAAUAGAAAACUUAUUUUGAUUAAACCUA